AUGCAGUAGCAGAAAUCAUAGAUAUGUACAACACAUUAGACAGCGGUGCCGAUUCCGAUUCUGAUACUAAACCCGAACCUAAAUCUCAGCCUAAGAAUAAUUCUUUUGAUGUCCUAAUCGCGGAAAUAGAUUCGAUGUUAGCAGGAAUGUGA